GCAGGUAAAAAAAAGUGUGUAAAUAUUUGUAUAUAGUAGCAUUUUUGGAUCAAAACUGAUCUCUCUUGUAAACAAAGCAGCUUCUUCAAAAAGUGUGUAAAUAUUUGUAUAUAGUAGCAUUUUUGGAUCAAAACUGAUCUCUCUUGUAAACAAAGCAGCUUCUUCAAUGGCUAUUUAGAGUCAAAGUUGGACAAGAAGGGGAGGAGAUUUCUAGUUCUACCAACAAGAAAGCAACAACUAAUGAUCAAGAAGUUAAACCAAAUUAUGUAAUCGUCUUUAGGCGCGGCAGCGUUGGUGUUUAUCGAAAAUCAAAAGGAGUUGAAGAAAGCAAAUUGGGUAGCAAGAAGUUCAAGACAUUUACAUUUCUAUGUCGAAAAGAUGUGACAACUGCUUGCUUUUAUAGCACUCUUCAGCUGAAGAGACUUAGUAGCAUAAACAGAAGGCAGGCAAGGCAGCACUGGAUUCAAUCUAUGAAGAUCAUGAAGAAAGACGAUAUUGCAGGAGGUCUAGGAAUUAGUAGCACCAAGGCGGAUUCGGCGAAUGUAGGCAACAAGGUUUUACCGGUGACUGAUUCAACGUUAUCAACCUCAACGAGCACAAAUGAACAAUGUGGCACGUCAGAGAAGAAAGAAACGCUUAAAGGGGACAGAACCAAAACCCUGUCAAGAAUGAAGGAGCUUCUGAGAUGGGCUGCUGCUGCAAAAUCAGAAAAGGGUGGAAAAUACUUUGCUCGAAAGAUUAUGCAAUUUCGAAACCGGGCAACUCUGAAAGCGGUAGCAUAUGAUGAUCGACUAAGCAACGAUUUGCCGAAGAUCAGCUUCAGAUGGGAUUUGGAGAGCUGCUCCACCACAUCCUCUGCCUAUACAGCACUUUCAACAGCAUCUUCACUCAAGAAUGAUCAGAUCAUAAGCCUUCCAUCUUUGAAUUCGACAAAAUUUCAACACCUGGUUGACUUGGAGCUCAAGAAAGAGAACUGGAUCACCUCAGACUCAGAAUUUGUAGUGCUAGAGCUAUGAAAAUCAAAUCCAAGAAUCAUAUUCAUCCACGACCGAAUCGAUCAACUGCUUGGUGAUUGUAUCAUAAUUAUUGAUUAAAUUUUGUGAGAGAUUAAGGAUUGAAAAGACAAAUCAAGGCAAGGAAAAGGACCAACUGCUUAGUCUUCCAUGUAAAUACUAAUUCAGCAUAUACAAUUGGACCUCGAUCAUUUUUUUCUGUCACGCCCCAAAGUCUUUGUCACGUGUGCAGACAUCAAAUUUCGGUGAAAGCGAGAUUUUAAAUUGCACAAUUGUGUGGCCUCAAUUAUGUUGGUCUUGCAAACUCUUCCCCACAUGAGAUUGAGGAAGCUUAUUUCUCCAUAAACUUACUUGAUUUGAA